AUGCUGGAAGAUUGCAAAGGAAAAAAUAAACCAGUUGCUUUUGCUUCAUGGGAUUCUUGGGUGGAAUGGUGUUGUGAUUUCUAUAUUACAACGGAUAUACAACGGACCGCUGCUAUAUCCUGGAUAUCAUCCAGAAUGGCUCGGGGUGGCAAUGAUAUGCGCUUUGCGAUCGAAGAAGCUAUGCGCAAGUUUCCAGACGCACAAGACGUAUUUGUAAUGUGUGACGGAGAUAUAAGUCCUUUCAACUCCGAUGGUGGACAUGAAGAUGGAUUCGGCACGACAAUGACUCCGCGUUUCGGAAUCUCAAUUCCUUCCUUUGAUUUAGCUACUAAGCUCUUCAUUGUUCCUUCAGGUAACACAAUUUGA